AUGCUGACGACAAUCUAUCCACGAACAAUCAGGCUGGCAACCAGGGCCGGGAGAAACACCCUGGUAUGGAAGAACUCGUUCUCAUCGAGCUCGGCUAUCAGCGGCAGCAGCGAUACCCUCAAGAAAACUCCGAUCCAUCCCCUCCAUGUCAACCCAGGAAAUGGCGCAAAGAUGGUCCCAUUCGCUGGCUUCGACAUGCCACUGUCUUAUACUAAGAGUGGCGGUCAAAUUGCUGAGCAUAUGGCAGUACGAAACGAAUGCGGACUAUUCGAUGUCUCACACAUGGUUCAGUCAAGAUAUCAGGGAAAGUCGGCUGGCGAAUUUCUUUCGAAGCUACUGCCGAGUUCGAUUUCGAGUAUGAAGGCUUAUUCGAGCACGCUCUCCGUGAUCAUGAAUGAGAAGGGGGGUAUCUUGGACGAUUGUUUGAUCACCAGAUGGGGCGAGCAGGAUUGGUAUCUGGUCACUAAUGCUGGACGGAGGGAGUCCGACCUGGCCUGGAUCAAUCAGAUCCGACAAGGGUUUCCAUCCGAUUCUCUCAAGAUCGAUGUCUUGGAUGGCUGGGGCCUACUAGCGCUCCAGGGCCCCCGGGCUAGCCCAAUCCUCCAGUCGUUGCUCGACGACCAAUCACUUUCACUGGAUAAGUCGCUCUUCUUCGGCCAGAGCAUCCACACCACCAUUGCCGGUACCAGGGUCCAUAUCGCACGGAGCGGCUACACGGGGGAGGACGGCUUUGAGAUCUCGGUCCCGCCAGGGAACGCAUUAUCCUUUGCAGAGCUGCUAGCGAACCAACCCGGGGUGACGCUAACGGGCCUUGCGGCGAGGGACUCGCUGAGACUCGAGGCGGGCAUGUGUCUCUACGGGGCCGACCUGGACGAGUCUGUCGGAGUGGCCGAGGCCGGGCUCGGAUGGGUCGUCGGCAAGGAACGGAGCGGAUUCGUCGGCGAGGAGCGCACUCGGACCGAGAAGGGCGAGCUCAUCAAACGCCGUCGGGUCGGCUUGAUCGUCGAGAAAGGCCCCCCCGCUCGCUCAGGAGCUCUGAUCACCGACCCCAGCGGCCAAGAAAUUGGCAUCGUCACCAGUGGAAUCCCUAGUCCCUCCCUUUCCGGCCAAAAUAUCGCAAUGGCCUACCUCAAAUCUGGGUUCCAUAAACCCGGCUCAAACGUUAACGUACUCGUUCGCGGUAAACCCAGACUCGCCGAGGUCGUCAAAAUGCCCUUCGUCAAAUCUAACUAUUAUCGCAAUUCCUCUAGUUAG